AUGUCUCAAUACGCUAGUAGUUCCACCUGGACUUCUUUCCUAAAAUCAAUUGCUUCAUUCAAUGGUGACUUAUCUACUUUGUCUGCUCCACCAUUCAUUCUGUCUCCUGUCUCCUUAUCUGAAUUCUCUCAAUAUUGGGCAGAACAUCCCGAUUUGUUCCUACAGCCCUCCUUCAUCAAUGAAUCAAAUUAUAAAGAUGAAUACCCUCCAGAAUUAGAAGUCGAAUCCGCAGAAGUCGCACGCAUGCUAAGCGUCACCAAAUGGUUCAUCUCCACUUUAAAAUCCCAAUAUUGUUCUCGUAAUGAAUCCAUGGGUUACGAAAAGAAACCCUUAAACCCAUUCUUAGGUGAAUUGUUCGUUGGGAAAUGGGAAAAUAAAGCGAACCCUGAAUUCGGGGAAACCGUCCUAUUGUCUGAACAAGUAUCUCAUCAUCCUCCAAUUACCGCAUACUCAAUCUUUAAUGAUAAGAAUAAUGUUAAAUUACAAGGUUAUAACGAAGUCAAAGCAAACUUCACUAAAUCAUUGAUGUUGACUGUGAAACAAUACGGUCAUACCAUCCUGGAUGUUCAUGACGAAUCCUAUUUGGUGACUCCUCCACCUUUACAUAUCGAGGGCAUCCUUGUGGCUUCUCCAUUUGUAGAACUAGAAGGAAAAUCGUACAUUCAAGCCUCGAAUGGGAUGGUUUGUGUCGUGGAGUUUUCUGGUAGAGGCUAUUUCUCAGGAAAGAAAAAUACUUUCAAAGCUAGAAUCUAUAAGAAUAAUGAAGAGUCUAAAAGCUCAGAAAAUGCUCUAUAUACGAUACGUGGCCAAUGGUCUGGUUCUUCAAAGAUCUCGAAAAACAUUAAGGACGGUAAGAAAAUUACUACUUCCGAAGAGGUUCUUUUCUACGAUGCUGAUAGAACUCCUGCUGAACAUCUAGUAGUGAAACCAAUAGAAGAUCAACAUAUGUUAGAGUCUCGUAGAGCUUGGAAAUCAGUAGCAGAAGCAAUCAUUGGUAACGAUUUCGAUGGCAUCACAGUCGCAAAGACGGAAUUGGAAGAAACUCAAAGAGAAUUACGUAAAAAGGAAGAAGCUAAAGGCAUUCGCUGGCAAAGAAGGUGGUUUAAUGAAGUCGAUUAUGCUCAACCACCUGCAGAUGAAAAGAAUGAAGUGCCUGGUGAUAAUGAUACGUUUACUUCCUUGGCUACUCAAUUGAACCUUUCUUUGAAAAAUGUGCCAAGUGGCUCUUUAGUUGGUGAUAAAGAAGACAAGAAAGAAGAGUUGACUGCCAUACAUUGGAGAUUCAAGAGAGAUCUAUGGAAUGCCGAAGAAGAAAUCGUUUUAUAA